ACCACUGCCUCUUAAAACCUAGGUACGACUCACAGUAGCUGCAGACUGACAGGCACAGAGCAGGGACGACUGGAGACUGAGGCAUUGUGUGCAGGGAGACUUAGGACGCCAACAGUCCCGUGUGUGCGCGCGCUCUCUCCGCUGACUGGACUGCUGACCCCCACCCCCCCUCCCCUCGACUACCUGAGGCACACGGAGGUGUUUCAGGGAGGCUCCGGGGCCGACUCUCUGGGGAAGAAGGGAAUUAAGCACUUUUGUUUGUUUGCGGUCGGAAGGAAGAAGGAUUGCGCUUCCACCGCCGCCCCACUCGCUUGUCUCCUCCCGGUCACUUUGGAUACGACCUCCUUGAAGUGCUGGGCCGAGCUCAGAGAAGCAUGGCGCACGGACCAAAGAGCCCCAGGUGGGCGCUGACCCAGGGCUCCUUCAGCUUGGCGCUCGGCUCCUCAUUCUCCGCCCUCCUCCUCCUCCUCCUCCUCCUCCCGCCGCUCGCCGCCGCCGACGAGUACGACUACUACAGCUGGCAGUCGGACAACUUCCACAGCGGCCGCUUCUACGCCAAGCAGCCCCAGUGCGUGGACAUACCGGCCGACAUGCGCCUGUGCCACAACGUGGGCUACAAGAAGAUGCGGCUGCCCAACCUGCUGGACCACGAGAGCCUGCCCGAGGUCAAGCAGCAGGCGGGCAGCUGGGUUCCCCUGCUGGCCAAGCGCUGCCACCCCGACACCCAGGUGUUCCUGUGCUCGCUGUUCGCGCCCGUGUGCCUGGACCGGCCCAUCUUCCCGUGCCGCACGCUGUGCGAGGCCGUGAGGGACAGCUGCGCCCCCGUGAUGGAGACGUACGGCUUCCCGUGGCCGGAGAUGCUGACCUGCGAUAAGUUCCCCAUUGACAACGACCUGUGCAUUCCCAUGCAGUACAACGAGGACCACGCCACCCCGGCGCCAGUGCCAAAGGUGUGCCCUCCAUGUGACAACGAGCUGAGAGCAGAGAGCAUCAUGGAACAUUACUGCGCUAGUGAUUUUGUCCUCAAGAUGAAAAUCAAGGAGGUGAAGAAGGAGAAGGGCGACCGGAAGCUGAUUGCGGCGCAAAAGAAGAAGAAGGUGUUGAAGCACGGCGUGCUGAGGAAGAAGGACCUGAAGAAGCUGACGCUGUACAUCAAGAACGGCGCCAACUGCCCGUGCGCGCAGCUGGACAACCUGGGCUCCAACUUCCUCAUCAUGGGUCGCAAGGUCGACCAGCAGCUACUGCUCAUGUCCAUCCACAAGUGGGACAAGAAGAGCAAGGAACUCAAGUUUGCCAUCAAGUACAUGAAGUCCCAACAGUGUCCCACCUACCACACCGUUUUCCAGUGACGUGACUGGAGGAAUCCAUCGACACCUGCUCCAUAAAGAUGCUUAUUCUCAUUUGAAUAUGCUGCUGAAUAUCUAUAGAUCGACCCUGAUAACUGCAAAACCUUCCCACAACAGCACACGACACAGUCAUAGUUACUACUUUACUUUCAUCUGUUCAGUUUCAUUAUGAAUAAGAAAGUCAAGGGGUUCCUUCAAAUCUGCAUUCAUGACACUACUGUACAUUACAGUACAUCAGAUGUCACAUUAAAAUUAAACACAUAUAUAACAAAUAGUAUGACAUACUUCCUGAACAAAAACAAAAAACACUGUUAUCCACUCCCUAAAAUAAGAUGUUUCUUCACUAUACUUUCCUUUCCUGCUAUAGAAGAAGCUGCCAUUUGCUUGAUACACAAGCUUUAUCAGUCAGUAGGAACCAUGAGCAACUAUUGGCCUGAAAACCUGUUUAUAACAACACAAGACAGACCGAACAGAGAGGGAAGCCGAGUGGGAGGUAGUGGGCUGCGUGCACAGUGGCACCAAGCUGUACAGAACGACUUCCAUAUUGUAAAAAGUAAGUGAUGAAAGUAGAUGAUUAGAAAACUGGGCUCUCUUACUUAAACCCCCGCUGGGAAACGAAGCGACAAUGGAACGCGACGAAUGGAUGGACCCAUUCUGAACGGAGGAGCGGAGAGAAACAGGAUUUUGUUUUGUUCAGUUUCUUUUUUUUUCGCUUUUUGAAUUGGAGAGAGAAGAAGGUUAAAGCAGUUAAGACGUCUUCCUGGAAAGUGGAGAAAAGUGGAGAAAAGAGAGAAAGAGACUCUUAACAGAUCGAUUAGUCUCUGGUACUCAACACUUCAACUGUUUGUUAUGUUUUUGUACUUACAUGUUUAAAUUCAGUUAAACUUAUAUGGUAUGGAAGCAGAAAUCAUACACGUACAGUAUGGACAGAUAGCAUCUAAAAUCACUGUUGCCAUAGUAAUAAAAGAUGACAUUUUUAUAUUUCACAAUAUUUUAUAAUCAGUUAACCUGUAAGUAGUUCUGUUACUGAAACUCAUCUUUGUUUUACAAAAAAAGUAAAGGAAUAAAAUAUAUUUGAAAUUUUUAUAAAGAA